AUGGGCAAUUUGCACUCGACAAUUAUGGAGCGUCUCCCCCAAAUUGCCCAAAUUUUCAACAAAAAUUGGAUUUCAAAUCUCAUUGUCAAAGUUGGUCAACUACGCGUCGAGCUCACCACAAGAAUGCUCAACUUGUUCCAAAAGCUGCAAUUCCAGCAGUUGCCGGUUCGUCAGAGGAUGGUCAGAGUGGGACCAGUAGAAGAAGCUCCAGGAGCUGAGUGGGUGGAAUACCAGGAUCGUAUCGAGUUGUACAAUACAAAUGAGAUGAAGCUCAUUUAUUUCGUGUGUGCGAUGAAUAUUCUGUUCCUUGGGGUUUUCCUGCGUUAUUUGUUCUAUUGA